AUGCCCCGGCUUCUGGCCUCACCGCAUCUCGCCGCUUCUCACGCCGCGUCACCGCGAUUUCCUCCUUCCCGAGUCUUCCAAUCGCGCGCUUCGAAUGCGUCAGGCGGAUGUUUAGGCGGAAAAUGGGCGGAAACUCUUACUCUCCGCCGCGACAUUAGCUCGGGGGGCGACUGGGGAAACCGCGGAAGACAAGGGAGUGCGGAGAGCUAUGCGGGGCGGAGUUGGGGGGAAGGGCGGAGCAGGCGGAGAGGGGUGUGUUGCUCAACGGGGACAGGGGGGAAGGGAUUCGGAGGGGGACAGGGGACUGGGGAAAGCGCAGGCGGGGCGAAAGGGAGCAGUGCAGCCAAGAAGGACGAGAAGAAGCAAGAGAGCGGCGCGUUUGGCGGCUUGGACUGGAGAGAAGUGGCCCGCCCUGCUCUUCCCAUGCUGGAUCUGUCCAAACCACGGGUGUAUUAUUUCGCCCUCGCCAAUGCCUACAGCCUCAUGGACAAGGGCGCGUUGCUAGAGGAGGUGCUAGCAGAUGGCAUCAGGAGAAGCCAAAGAGGUGGUCGCGCGCGUGACGUGUGGAUGGUGAUGGAGCCGGCAUUCCUGGACCAUCCCUCGCUGGCAUCACUCAGGGCGGCCAUUCGCCCACCCACCGCUGCUAUUGUCUCCACCAAUGGCGACUGGAUGCUUACCAUUGUGCACGAAAUGCUGCCACAGGCUACCAUCGGCAAGUUCUACGCCCCAACACCACAACUGCCUGACCCGCUCAAGUCCAAGCUCACUCCAGGGGACGUUGCCUUGGGUGGUGGAGGUAUCUGGCACUGA